UCAACGCGCCGGCGGCACUCCCAACAUGGCUGCCGCCCGGGCUGUGGCGCGCGGUCCCGGAGCUGAUGCGCGGCGGCCACUCUCUCCUCAGGCGGCGCGGGGGCCGCGGCUGCUCCUGCUGCUGGCGGUGGUGGCGGCAGUGGGGCCCCAGGAGGGCGGCGGGGCGCGGCUGUACCGCGUGGGCGAGGACGCCGUGUGGUUGCUGGACAGCGGCAGCGUGCGUUCGGCCACGGGCAACAGCUCAGCCGCGUGGCUGGUGCAGUUCCAUUCGUCGUGGUGCGGCCACUGCAUCGGCUACGCACCCACCUGGCGAGCGCUGGCGGCGGACGUGCGAGACUGGGCUGCUGCCAUCCGUGUCGCUGCUCUGGACUGUGCAGAAGAAAAGAACCAGGACGUGUGCCGCACAUAUGACAUCCACUUCUACCCCACCUUCAGGUAUUUUAGAGCAUUUACAAAGGAGUUUACAACUGGAGAAAAUUUUAAAGGACCUGACAGGGAGCUGCGGACGGUCAGGCAGACAAUGAUCGACUUCCUGCAGAACCACACUGAGGGCUCCCGGCCUCCUGCAUGCCCACCCCUGGAUCCUAUUCAGUCCAGUGACAUCCUUUCCUUCAUGGACAGCCACAGUGGCCAGUACCAUGCUGUUGUGUUUGAAAGCAACGGUUCUUAUGUUGGACGAGAGGUGAUCUUAGAUUUGAUUCCAUAUGACAACAUCAUGGUGAGCCGAGCACUGGAUACGGACAAAGCAUUUCUGGGGACCCUUGGCAUUUCGUCAGUUCCUUCCUGUUACUUGAUUUACCCAAAUGGGUCUCAUGGUCUGGUUAAUGUUGCAAAGCCUCUACGGUCGUUUUUCUCCUCUUAUUUAAAAUCCUUACCAGAUGUGAGGAAAAAGUCACUUUCCUUGCCUGAAAAGCCCAACAAAGAAGAAAAUUCAGAGGUUGUGAUUUGGAAAGAAUUUGACAGGGCCAAGCUAUACACCGCAGACCUGGAGUCGGGACUUCAUUACCUGCUGAGAGUGGAGCUGGCUGCCCACAGAUCCCUGGCCGGAGCCCAGUUAAAAACACUCAAGGACUUCGUGACUGUCAUUGCCAAGCUGUUCCCUGGCCGGCCACCAGUCAAGAAGCUGUUGGAGACCCUGCAUGAGUGGCUGGCCAACCUCCCCCUGGACAAGAUUCCAUACAAUGCCAUCCUAGACCUAGUCAACAACAAAAUGCAGAUUUCUGGACUCUUUCUUACCAGCCACAUAACGUGGGUAGGAUGUCAAGGAAGCCGAUUGGAGUUGAGGGGCUACCCGUGCUCCCUCUGGAAACUGUUCCACACUCUGACGGUUCAGGCCUCCACCCAUCCAGAAGCGCUGGUUGGCACAGGCUUUGAAGGUGACCCCCAGGCUGUGCUGCAGACCAUGAGGAGAUACAUUCGCACAUUCUUUGGGUGCAAAGAAUGUGGUGAACAUUUUGAGGAAAUGGCUAAGGAGUCCAUGGAUUCCGUGAAAACUGCAGACCAAGCUGUUCUCUGGCUUUGGAGGAAGCACAACAUGGUGAACAGCCGCCUGGCAGAGAUCCCCAUGUGCGCCGGAUGUGACCAGCACAUCUUGGACCGUUUCAUCCUUAAGGCUCUGGACCGACAUUGGCACAGCAAGUGUCUCAAGUGCAGUGACUGCCACGUGCCUCUGGCUGAGCGCUGCUUCAGCCGCGGGGAGAGCGUCUACUGCAAAGACGACUUCUUUAAGCGCUUCGGGACCAAGUGCGCCGCAUGCCAGCUGGGCAUCCCGCCCACGCAGGUGGUGCGCCGCGCCCAGGACUUCGUGUACCACCUGCAUUGCUUCGCCUGCGUGGUUUGCAAGCGGCAGCUGGCCACGGGGGACGAGUUCUACCUCAUGGAAGACAGCCGGCUGGUGUGCAAGGCGGACUACGAAACAGCCAAGCAGCGAGAAGCCGAGGCCACAGCCAAGCGGCCGCGCACCACCAUCACCGCCAAGCAGCUGGAGACGCUGAAGAGCGCCUACAACACCUCGCCCAAGCCGGCGCGCCACGUGCGCGAGCAGCUCUCCUCCGAGACCGGCCUGGACAUGCGCGUGGUGCAGGUGUGGUUCCAGAACCGCCGGGCCAAGGAAAAGAGACUGAAGAAAGACGCAGGCCGGCAGCGCUGGGGACAGUAUUUCCGCAAUAUGAAGCGCUCCCGCGGCAGCUCCAAGUCCGACAAGGACAGCAUCCAGGAGGGACAGGACAGCGACGCGGAAGUCUCCUUCACUGAUGAGCCGUCCAUGGCUGACAUGGGGACUGCUAAUGGCCUGUACAGCAGCCUGGGAGAGCCUGCCCCUGCGUUGGGCCGGCCUGUAGGAGGCCUGGGCAGCUUUACAUUGGAGCACGGAGGUUUGGCAGGUCCGGAGCAGUUUCGAGAGCUGCGUCCAGGCAGCCCCUAUGGCAUCCCCCCAUCUCCUGCGGCCCCACAGAGCCUUCCUGGCCCCCAGCCUCUCCUCUCCAGCCUGGUAUACCCAGACACCAACUUGGGCCUUGUCCCUUCGGGGCCUCCAGGUGGCCCCCCACCCAUGAGGGUGCUGGCUGGAAAUGGACCCAGCUCUGACCUGUCCACAGAGAGCAGUGGUGGCUACCCAGACUUUCCUGCUAGCCCUGCCUCCUGGCUGGAUGAAGUAGACCAUGCUCAGUUCUGACCGAGGGCCCCCCAGUUCCCCUGGCUCUAACUCAGGGGUCUUGGUGCUGCCUCUGGGUGGGCAGCUAGCCCCACCCCAUGAUGUCCAUUUCAAGGACCUCUGAGGGAAGGACAGGGUUCCCACGUGAGAGAAUAGAGACUGUCCCACUUCCAGCUUCUCUGGCUGCUCCCUGGGGCUGAGGGACUCCAUAGCCCUUCCUUGGACACAAGCGUAGCCUGCCUCGUGGGUGGCUACAAGCCAGUGAUUCUUGACCAUUCUGGUAAGCAUUUCUCUCCCUUUAUCAGCCAGUGAACUCUUGCUGCUACUUCCCACAGGGCAGGAGGCCAGGCCCUACCUAGUGUCCUGGCAUAAAACAAUAGUAACAACUUGCGUCAUCACUUCUGAUGGGCUUGGUAGGAGACUGUGCUCGGCCGGCCGUGCCUGGUCACUGACCUCUCCUCCCAACUGCUGCCAGCUCUCCUGACCUGGAGUCUCCAGAUCUUUCUGUUCUGGAAUGCAAUGUGUUGGGGAGUGGAGCUUUCUGGAACCCCUUCUCCAAGGUGUAGUCUUUAACCGUGAAGACAAUUCCCUUUCUCCUAGGCACAGCCUCCCUCAGGUGCAGGGCAGAAAUGUGCACCAAGGACAGACACCGUUGCCAAACAGACUGUGGUCCUGUGCAGGGGGUGGGGUGUUUCUGUCAGCCCAGACCAGGAGACCUCCCCCACCGCAGGAGGUUGGGCUGGGGGGUCCUCCCAAUCCAAUCUGUCUCAGACACAAAGCUUGGCCAUGUGUCCGUUAAAGUCAUUCCUGAAAACCAGGAUCUUGGCUACCUGUUGGUUCUGUAAACAUCCUGUGACUUUUAUUUAUUCCCCGGUGAUCCGCUCUUUCCAAGACUUCAAUAAAUUUGUCAGUUUCCAUGCUA